GUCAGUAGUAUGUGCAAGCGCUGACGGAUCUUCUGCUGUUGCUGUUGCCUUUGCUAGGGCUUAGCCGGUAGUUGCUACCAUUGGACAGUUUUAGUACCACGAUUUCACCGACGUGUGGAAGGUGUUGAUUGUUCCAUCUCAUUCCAGCUACGUGUAUGUAGAUUUCCGAAGCGGAAAUGACGUCAACGUUGUUGCUGGGAAUUUUGCUGGCGGUCGGACUUUCUGUCCAAGCCAACGCUAAUUACAAACAAUUAGAAAAACAAAAGGCAUUGUUAGAUGCCCUGGAAUAUGUCGAGAAAGCAAUGCAGGAGCAGGAAGUGUCGGAAGAAAGUGUUUUUGAAAACGACCAGUUAGAAGAAACGGGCGUAGACGAUUACGAGACAUACAUAGAAGAACAUUGGCCAGAGGAGGCGCCUGAAAUUAAUCUUCAUCCGGGUCCACCGAUUAAAGAACCCCCUUUUAAUAAUGUGGGGAAAUGGGAGUAUAUGAACGAGGCUGAGCGCUUCCCUAUUGGAGGCGCAUAUCCUGCAUAUGAGAUUGAGUCAGAAUUCACCAACAUUCUACCCGUGAACGAGGUCGUAGAAAGUGUUGAGGAAUUUGACGAGGAGCCACCGGCCAGUGUAUUUGACAUCGAUAAGGAAACGCUGGAAAAGAUGAUGCAGGUUGCUAUGGAUGAAGGAAUGCUGGGAGAUUUUGAACCGCAAGACAGUGUCGACGAGAUCGAUGACUUCGAACUCGAGCCAGAAUCGUCCGAGCAAGAAUUCGAAGAAUCGAUCGUAGACGAAGUCAACGACGAACCAACUAGUGAAGAGGAGGCUAUGCUGGAACAGUUGACAGAAGAAAUAAUGGAGGAGGUAAGAGCAGAAAUAGGCAAAGAAAUUGGUAAAAUCGCCGAAGAUGCUAUUACAGAUUUGACAGAUGAGGUCACGGCGCAAGUUGUAGAAGAGCUCAAGAACGGAGAAAUUGGAUUUAACGACAUCGACGAAGCGUUUGGUCAGGAAGAAGGAAGCGAAAGCGAGACUGAUGAAGACUAUUUGCAAGAAUUCUGGGAAGCGAGCCAGUCUGAAGAAGAGAAGGUGCCAGAUAAACGUGACGAGGAAUACGCAUUCGGUGCCUGGGAAGAUUCCGCGAACGAGGACAGAAAUGUAGAUCAAAUCAACGAGGUUGAGGUUCUGAAUGACAUGGAAGAAGAAGGCGAUGAUUAUGAUGAUGAUAACGUUGGUGAUGAAAAUGACGUCACGUGGAAGGCAUUACAAUAUUUAUACGGACCAUAUUUGGACAAUGUCAAACAGGAAUUGAUUAAAUACGAUUCGGACGAGGACGUUAGCAACGAGAUUGCCAACGGAAUCUAUUUGGAGGAUUCGGAAUUUGACGAUGAAAGUUACCGGGUCGAGGAAGAUAAUGAAGAAGAGGAGUCGGAUUAUGAUUACAGUACACAGGGAGAAGACGCGUACGAAGAAAUGUACGAGGAGGUAGUUGCAGAGGCUGUUAAAGAGCUUGAAGACGAGGCCGCUGAUACCGCCCGGAAGAUGGUAGACGAGAUGCUACUUAGUCUCGUCCGGGAAGAAGAAAGAGAGGAGCAGGAGGAGGCGGAGGAGGAGGCGGUGGCGGAAGCAGAAAGGGAACGACUCGCGGAGCAAUAUGACUCAGAAGAGUGCCAAAUACUUGAUUAUGUGGUUGAUAAUUGUGAAGUAAUUGACCUUUACGAGGGCCUCGGUGACAAUGGAUAUAGAGAGGCGUUCACGGGGCCGUGUAAUCGACACCAACUUUGUUAUAUUUGUAGUGACACGUAUCAACUCUCGGAGACUCUUUGCGAUAAAGUUUUUUACGGCGAGAUGACUGAAAUCUGUGAAGACAGUGCAGCGUGCUUAAUGCGAGCCGAAUACUUUUUAAAGGUAGCGCAGUUAAGAGACGUCCCAGAAAACAACCCAUAUCUCGAUUUCGUUUGUCGGAAUCGCUGUGUUCUCAACGCCCUCUACGAAUAAUAACAAUUUUACAGAUUUGAUCAACGAAUCGACGAUUUGAAUUCUGGGCGACAUGUGGCGUCAUCAUUGCUAGAUGGCUUGUGGUUGCUGAUGAAUUUGCAUCACCACAACAACGGUGUCCAUGGUUUCAUCCAAACAACCACUUCUUUAUGGUGAAUGUGUGAACACUUGCGGUGAAAAUCCUGUUUAUUAUUUAACUUUGAUUCUGUACUUAAUUUUAGGUGAUUACAUAUCGUUCUAUAAACCGCAAUGAACUAAACUGCUGUUUAUUUUACGCCUUCAAUUUCUACUUGUUUGCAGACAAUUGUAAAUUUUGUUUUGUUUUUGUCCGUUCAAUCUGUUGCUUGUGAAUGUUUGCGGAGUGAACAGAAGUUAGUGGUGUUGGCGCCACCAACGACGAACUCUGAAAUGUUUCAGUACAUCAACAUUGAGGGCGCUGCUGCUUUAACUUUUCAACUUGUAUUUUUCCUUACGUGAAAUGGCGGUGAUCGUGCGUGAAAUGUUUCCAUGGAUGAGGACGAGGCAUUCUGAGAGUUUGUUCAGUGCCUUUUGAAAGUUGACUGUUUUCGCAAUGGUGCAUAACUGAACUUUAACUGGUGAAAUGAAAAAAAAAAUUGAUGUCAGAAUUGUAUUUUAUUCUUCAAAAUAUUUUUUAACUGUAAUUUCUGACCUGUUAAUCACAUUUUUUGGUGUUAAUCAUAAUAUACGUAAUAUCAAAUUUGCACAAACUAAAAUAAUAAUUUGUUCUUUAGGAAAAUUCGUCACUAUAUAGCCAAGCUUUUUGAGACACCCAGCAGUGCCAAAUAAGGAAUACAAUAUUCUAAUUAAGAAAAUAUAUUAUCCCAAAUAAGGAAAUAUUAUUCCAAAUAUGGAAUGCACUCUUAUCUGGCACUUCAACCCACAAUGCAGUUGUUUGUAGAUGUUCUUGCAUUUCCUGUAUUUUACGAGCACAUUAGAUGUAAGUUUCUUGAAAUAUUACUUAAUUUGAUUCGAUAUAGAAAUUUAAUCUCGUGGAGCAGCGGUCCCAGCAUUAUCUUUUUGUAGUUUCCGUGUUUACAGCGUUUUAAAAUCGUUGUGAUCUCCAGUUGCUCACCUCCUAUCUCAUGCUCCUGUCUUGACCGAUUCAUCAUAGAUCGAGGGGGCACACUUAGAACGAAAUUCUCCAUUCCAGUGUGUAUAAUUGUGACACGACCACCACUAACAUGAAUAUUCACGUUCCCGGGCCUUCCACGAUUGUGAUUUGAUCUUAAGUUGAUGUAGGUAAUUUGUUUCUCUGUUCAAGAUUAUAUUAGAGGAUUCCCUUGUGGUUUGGUAAAAUAAAACAAGCGAGUUUGGUGAUAUACAAAACAGAAACACCCAGUUUCAUUUCAACCCUGCUGCUGUCAUCCGCCCAGAUUCAAAAUAUACGAGGAAGAAAAUGGCAGCGUUAAAAUAACAUCACGUCAGAUCCGUUGGAUGAUAAAAGCAGUAUUUUACUGUUCGGUACUGCAACCAUCAUGCAACAGAAAUGCCAGGCUUUCCCCAUAUAUACGUGUGCGCAUGCGUGUGUGUGCACUCGUUUACUCAGUCAAUAAUUUAAUUUAAUAAAAUGUGCUUGUUCGUUUCUGCUUUUAAUCACGCUUACCGGUAUAUGAUGUUUUAGUAACUGCAUAGAGGCAAAUGAUCUGAAUUCGUCACAUGCGUAAUAAUAUUAAAAAGUGCAAUAUUCGGGACAGAAAGAAAUGGAGAAAACAAAUCUUCUUGGCCGUUAUAAGCACUGGAAAAGGCAGAUUCCAAAGAAGUUCUGACAUAUUCUAAAAAUAGAAUAACCAAAUUGCCACCAAAAUCCAUACAUCACAAUUUUCCUUUCGAGACACCUGACAUUUAAUUUCGCAAAAUUAAAACGACCGCGACGUUUAACAUAAAUUUAUAGCAAUCAUCACAUUUCUAAGAUAACGAAUAAUGGUUUACAAUUUAUUCUGCGUCUUGAGACAUGUUGAAAAUUACCAAACUAGGUUUACAGAGUAUGGCAAACUUCCGAAUGUCUGGUUUCUGCCUUCUCCACAACUCAUUUACAUAUCAGCUUUGAUAUUAUCAUAAUUAGUAAGUAUUCACGCCUUCUAGUAUAUAAGCAUUGCUGCAAUUACAUGUAUAUUUAAUGUUGUAUUUAAAUUUAUAUUCCAUCCAGAUGGAGGUCAAAGGUCACCGGACUGUCAUAAAAGUUUUAAAAUGUGAACAAACUUGUAAAGAACAUAGUGCCUUCAUUCGUCUCUUUCCCUUUCACCUGUCUAUUUGAAUGUGAUUGGAAAAAUGUUUAAAAUGUCUCAUUUUUGGCCUCACUGUGGAUUCCUUUCUUUCAACAUGAACCAUAGUGGGACAUUGGGAAAGAUGGAGUGUGGUAACGUGGGGGGGGGGGUAGGAUGGAUGAGCACUCAUAAGCAUCAGUUUGUGUCAAGAAAAGUUCCGUUACUUUUAAGUGGAUGAUUUCAACUGUUGACUUUCUUUGAAUUUUCGGCAUUCGGAUGGGAUGCAGAGAUAUUAAAAACCUGUGGCAUAUUUACUUAAGCUUUCGAGCAACUAAUCCACUGUAGUAAAUGAACCCCGAGUUGAUGUAUGUGAUAACACGUACAAUUGAUCAAUGUUCGUAAGUGGAAAAGUUGGUGAUGUUUUUCGUGCGUGAUUUCAGUUGACGUGGUGCUUGUAAUGAUAUAUAUAUAUAUAUAUGUACAUAGUUUGUAAUGUUGGCGUUGUAUUUUUAUUCUGCAUUAAAGUUACGGUACUGUAAAAAA